AAAUGCCGGGUUGUUACUAUCGUCGUAAGUUCGGAAUAAACGUGUCAAAUUUACAAGUUUCAUUGUAAAUUACAAACAAUAACAAUUUAAAGUUUACUUAUUUGUUAUAACUACAUUUAUGUUAAGUUCUCGUCGAAGAUAGUUUAAAAAACGGAUAAAAUUUACAAAAAUAAUAAAAAAGACAAAAAAUACUACGUUUACAAAAAUUUAAACCAAAAAAAACUCUUCUAAUUAACUGACAAAUAAAUAUACAUACAAAAAGUUAUGUCUGUGAAAUAAAAGAAUAUAGGAUUGUUUAUAAAUGUUCAUAAACAUUUGUUUAGAGUUAUUACAACAUCAAGUGUAUAAACAACAGUUUAUAAUUGUUAAUGUUAAAAUAAGUGUAAUCAGAGAAAUCAGUAUUUAAUAAACAUAAAACACCUUCAUCAUCAACCCCUAUCAGUAUUUAAUAUUGACAUAAAAUAAUAACAUAACAGUUAUGUCUGAACGUUAUGGCAGCAAUGUUACAACAAAUUUAGUCGAAUUAACAGAUCGUAAUAAAGCAACAACAACCACUAAUGAUGGUAAUGGUACAACAACGACCGAUUUGGCGGCUGAGGAGAAUGCACCGCUGGAAGGUGCUGGCGCUGAGGAAAAAAUCGUACUUAAACGUAAACUAACACUUAUGAAUGGUGUCGCAAUAAUUGUGGGCACCAUUAUCGGUUCUGGCAUAUUUAUAGCACCAACUGGAGUUUUUCAAAAUACUGAAUCAGUUGGCAGUUCACUUUUAAUAUGGGCAGCUUGUGGUAUUCUAUCAACAAUUGGAGCAUUAUGUUAUGCUGAAUUGGGCACUAGUAUUACACGUUCUGGUGGAGAUUAUGCCUAUUUGUUGGUGGCAUUUGGUCCACUAGUUGGAUUUUUAAGAUUAUGGAUUGCACUGUUAAUCAUACGGCCAACUACACAGACAAUUGUUGCCUUAACAUUUGCACAGUAUGCGGCGAAACCAUUUUUCGAAGAUUGCAAUCCUCCAGAUAAUGCCGUUAAGUUAUUGGCUGCCGUUUGUUUAUGUUUCUUAACGGCCAUUAAUUGUUUGUCGGUAAAAUGGUCUAUGAAGGUGCAAGAUAUUUUCACUGCUGGAAAGCUUUUAGCUUUAGUUAUGAUCAUUUUAGCUGGUAUCUAUCAGAUGUGUUUGGGUCAUACCGAAAAUUUCGAAAAUAUCUGGGAGGGCAAGUAUGGCAUAGAAAAUAUUGGAUUUGCUUUCUAUUCGGGACUAUUUGCCUUUGGUGGUUGGAAUUAUUUGAAUUUUGUAACUGAAGAAUUACAAGAUCCUUACAAAAAUCUACCACGUGCUAUCUGGAUUGCCAUGCCUCUAGUGACGGGUAUUUAUGUACUCGUAAAUCUAGCCUAUUUUGUGGUGGUCUCCAAAACUGAAAUGUUAAGUUCCUUAGCGGUGGCGGUAACAUUUGGUAAUCGUAUGUUUGGUUCUCUGGCAUUUAUGGUACCGAUAUUUGUGGCAUUAAGUACAUUCGGAGGCGUCAAUGGUGUGUUAUUUACAUCGGCUCGUUUAUUUGCCACUGGUGCUCAAGAGGGACAUUUACCCAAAUUCUUUCAACUUUUUCAUGUUAAACAACAAACUCCCAUACCAUCAUUGAUAUUUUCGUGUCUGAUGUCUAUAUUGAUGUUAUUAUCGGCCGAUGUUUAUGCUUUAAUCAACUAUUUCAGUUCCAUUUUAUGGCUUUCGGUUGUGGCCAGUAUAGCGGGCAUGUUAUGGUUAAGAAAAACGAGGCCUGAUAUACCACGCCCUAUAAGAGUUCAUACCGCUUUACCGAUAAUUUUCAUAAUUUGCUGUAUAGUACUGGUGCUAAUGCCUAGUUUGACUCAACCCAUGAAUCUUUUGGUUGGUAUUGCUAUUACUUUAGCGGGAGUGCCUUUCUAUUAUUUGUGUAUUGCCUGGAAGGAUAAACCCAAAUAUUAUGGACGCAUAUCUUAUGCUAUAGUAAAUGUAUGUCGGGCUCUUUUUAACACCAGCAUAAUUGAAGCAAAUAAUGAUAUCAAAAAUUAAGGCAGGACUAAUAUCAACUAAAGAAAAGAAAUAUUAAAAGAAUAAUCCUCAAUGUCACUUGUGUAUAUGUGUGUUUGACCCCACUCCCUUCUCAUUGAAAAUUAUAACGGAAAUACUUUAAAAUUUAAUCGAAUAUUUGUAGCGUUUAUUGUGACAUUGACACUAGUAUUUUGUGUACAAAACUUAUAAACAUUAUUCGUAAGUGUCCCUCGCUUGACAUGAUAUUAUUUUGUAUGUGUUUUUGUACUUAAAUUUAAGUUUAAAAAAAGUAUUCCUUUGCCUUUGAAUCUAACGCUUUUGUAUUUAAAAUAGACCCCUAAUAUUACACAUCUUCGUUUAAGACACAUUAAGAUACUCUUUAGUACAAUUUCUUAUUUAAUUCCAAUUAAACUAUUUUAAUGUUAAAAAAUUAUUAAGAUUUCAAAUCGAAUGCUUGUAAAAUGAUGUUUAUAAUUUAUUAUUUAAUGCUUGCAUUUAAAACAACGAUCAUUUUAGGGAAACUUUGUCUAAAAAUAAUAAAAAGAAAAAAACAAAUAUUUAAAAUUAAUAAAAAUUA